GACCCGGUACAGUAUGGCCCGGUUGUGGUUAGUCAGUGAGGCAGGAACCAGGGGGAUGACCUAGUUUAUUGGUGCUGAUGUUUUGGAUCCUGCCAUUGACCCUUAACGUUUUGACAGAUCCCUCACUGUGCUCUUUUUCUUAACAUCACCAGCGAGAUUGAGUGUGUCAGAGAUACUUUGUGGAGAGAUUGGAAGCUUCACUGGUAUCGAAUAAACACCUGAUGAUUAGAUUUUACAUUAACAUUUUUGUCGUUUAGAAGAAGCUCUUAUCCAGAGCCACUUCCAGUUAGUGCAUUCGUCUUAAGAUAGACAGGUAGGACGGCCGCAUAACUGGUAUAUUUCUCUUAAUGUGUUCAGCAAUGUCAGUAUUUGCUAGAGCUUUCAGAUAUGGAGUUAUGUUCUUCAGCACUUUCUGGGUGCUUUGUGUCGAUUAGCCUGGCAAUGAGAUUCAUAUAUUUAGUCCGUUUUACAAUAUCUCACAAUGCGCUUGCAGCUGAAAACAGCGUGUAUUUUGGUCAACCACUUCCUCUGGCAGGUUGUCAGGUGCAGGCCACGUUCUACUGUACAUACCUAAGCUGUGGCACUUAUAGCAUCGAGCUGAGGACAAUCUUUCAGAAAUGUUCCCCCUAAACCACAGCAUUUGUUUACUUUUCUUUUUCUGGAAGCCUGUUUUUGAAACACACAUCCAGCUUGAAACUCCCCCAAUAAUCAGUAUUCCAAAACACCAAAUAAGGCGAAUGCAACAUGAAAGGCCAGCAUGUUCUUCUGGUUUUCUCUGGCGGGAUCAGAGCUUUUUUAUUUUUUUUAUUUUUUGCUUUUUCAGAAAGUGACAAAUAGAGCGACUGUGCCAGGCUCUCUUCUACUCUUUCCUCGCUUCAUCAGUGACUUUCACCCUGAGGUGCGCUAAAACAGGAAGUCUGCCAGCAGAAAAUUACUCUCUCUUUCUGUCUCUCUCUCUCUUGCUCUUCCUGUCUGCCUGUCUCUCUCCCCUGAUCUCUCUGUCUCUUUCUCUGUCUCCGUCAUGUCGCUUGCCUAACUCUAACAAUUCCUGCCUCUCGAGUCAAACUCACACACGUCGCCCUAAACAGGCCAUUACCAGAUGAAGGAGGUUUGCGGUGAUGUUCAGAGACACGACUCAGACAGCUUCCCUCUGACUUUCAUUUCAGAAACCGACCUUCACUUUAGUCUCGUAGCUGUUCUCUAUUUGGCGUAUUGUUUUCCUCUGCCAAGCGCCCCUCCUCUGUGUCCUCCCUGAGCAGCAUCGUGGGCAGGAUGACAUCUUCGGCCUCUCGCGGGAGCUGCACCUCGGUCAACACGGUGUGCUCGGACAGCGACCGCACGGCUAGCCUCAGCUCGUCUGCCUCCUCCGCCUCCCUGCAGGACGGACACUCCUCCUCCUCGUCCUCCUCGCUGCCCUACGGGGCCGUACCCGCCUACCCCUCCUCCCCGAAGCGCAAUGGCUCCGACAUCAGCCUGGACCUCACGCCGCUGUCUCAGCUCCCACCCCGGGGACAUCCCGCCACGCCGCCGGCUCCACCCAAGCUGUCUCACUUGGAGAGGGUGGCGCUGGAGAUAGUGGAGACGGAGCAGGCCUAUGUGAGGGACCUAAAGAGCAUCGUAGAGGACUACUUGGGCUGCAUCAUUGACUGUGGGGACCUGCCACUGAAGCCAGAUGAAGUCAGCACUCUAUUCUGCAACAUCGAGGACAUCUACGAGUUCAACAGUGAACUUCUGGAAGACUUGGAAAGGAGUCCUCAUGUGGCUGCCAUUGCUGAGUGCUUCGUUGAGAGGAGCGAAGCUUUCGACAUAUACACACUCUACUGUAUGAACUACCCCAACUCUGUGGCUGUUUUGAGGGACUGCAUGAAGAAUGAGAGCCUGGUACACUUCUUCCAGGAGAGGCAGACGACCCUGUGCCACUCCUUGCCCUUAGAGACCUACCUGCUGAAGCCCGUGCAGAGGAUCCUGAAGUACCACCUUCUGCUGCAGGAGCUAGCCAAACACUUUGACAAGAGUGACCCGGGCUACGAGGUGGUGGAAGAUGCCAUCAUUGCCAUGACCGCUGUGGCCUGGUACAUCAACGACAUGAAGAGGAAGCAGGAGCACGCCGUGAGGCUCCAGGAGAUCGAGAGCUUGCUGACCAACUGGACUGGUCCUGACCUGAGUGGUUUUGGGGAACUGGUGUUGGAGGGUUCCUUUAGGGUCCAACGGGUCAAGAAGGAGAGGGCCUUCUUCCUGUUUGACAAGAUGCUGCUCAUCGCUAAGAAGAGGCUAGAGCACUUCAUCUACAGCACCCACAUAUUUUGCUGUAAUCUACUUCUAGUAGAGACGAUGAAGGACCCACUGUGUUUCAAGGUGUCCGAUCAGACCAUCCCAAAACAGCAACACGUUGUCCAGACCAAGAAUCAGGAGGAGAAACGCCUGUGGCUACACUACCUCAAGAGACUGAUAGUGGAGAAUCAUCCUGCCUCUCUACCCCAGAAGGCGAGGCAGGUGCUUGGUGACUCCUGUCGAUCUCCUCAGUUUGAUCAGGAACAUGUUAACUCUCCACGGUGUGAUGAUUACCAUCGGGGAAGACGCCAAUCAGAGCCCCCAGAGUUAAUCUAUACCCCAGAGAAAGCCAAAAAGACCCUCCCCCUGUUGCUUGAGGGAAACCUAUCUUACCGCCGUGGCAGGAGGCAAUCUGCUCCUACUAAAGACUUCGAGACAACAUUCCAUUGUGAGAGUGUCUCUUUGAAGGCUAGCAGUGAGGGAGAGCUGUAUCCAGGGGCAGACAGCUUGGCCUCCUCUGGCAGCACCAGCACCCUGGCCUCUUCUGUGAUCGAGGUCGGGGCAGAGGCCAAGAGGCCGGACCUCUGCAUGGGCCUGGAGGACGACGACGACCUGUCCCACCUGAGCCCCCCGCCCACCCUGUCAAUCACAGAAGAGAUCAUGCAGUUCAUAAACGAGAGCCGCGUGCGAGAGGGCCUGGCCGAGCUCAGGCAUGACGUGGAUCCUCCUGCAGAUGAGUCACUGGAAGACCAAACAACUGAGCGACAUCCAUAUACAGUUGCUCAGCAAGGAAAUGACCAGCUGCUUCCAUCUCCUAAUAAGGACACGUAUGACUCUCAAGACCCCCACCCUCACAGUCCGGAGGACAAAACAGUGCAAAAAAAUGUGGAGGGGAAUAGGGCCAAAAUGGAGGACCACACCCAAGAACACAGUCAGGCAAGUCCUGAGUCCUUAAUAGGUGAUUGUGAAGGGGGGGAGUCAACACCUCUUCCGGCUAAUGUCAUGGAGGAGGUGCCUGAAGAGGAGUGCACAUUGGCCAAAGAACCCGAGGCACCUGGGGAAAGAACUAAAUCUGAGGCAAAGGACGAGCAAACCAACGAAAUGCAGGCUCUACUCUUUCACGUAAACCUCCCCGAAAAUCAAAAAGACCCCUGCAUUGACUUCGCUUAUGAGAACAAGCCCCCGGGAUCUUCUCUCCUUCUUCUCACAGGCCCAGAGCGCACCGUGCAGAACCCUGUGGUGUCAAAGAAAGAGACCCAGUUCAAAAAGUCGGACAUGCAGAUCAUCAAGAAGAUCCGCAGCUACUACGAGGCGGCAGAAGCAGAGGCAGGACAAGCUGGAGAUGGUGACAGCAGCCUGGCCCCUAGGAGAAACAGCUUCUCCCUAAUUAUCCCUGCUGGCCUGGUUAAGGACUCUGUAUCUCGCUUUGCCGUCUUUGGCCACCAGGACAGCCUGUGUGAUUCAGAGAGCGGGCGCUCUGACGGGGGUGCAGAGGCUGAGCCGGAGCGUCCCUCACCCCUUACAUCAAUGCCGGACCAGGGAGGCGAGGGUGCCCUCGGUCCCCUCUGUUCCUCCGCUGCUGGUGAUGGUGGCUCUAAGACCCUGGAGGAAGAGAACAGACAGGCACCAGAUCAGGGUGAGCUAGUUGUGGAAUUCACCUCGGAACAAGGGAGUGAACUCCGACACUGCACAGAGCUGAUAAAGGUAUGGAAAGAGAAGGAAAUGGGAACAGUGGCCAUUUCCUCUGAGAGGGAAAACAAAACAAACCUAGCAAAAGACAUCAGCAAAAAGACAUUAUGCAGUGAUGAAGCAGCCAAAGUUAUCACAAAAGAAGUGCAAGCAGUCAGCGACCACAAAACAAGUUCAAGUUAUCUAGACUUGGAGCCUAAACAGGCCCAGAAAGACUCCAUCGUCCCUUCUCCAACAGGCUACCAAGCUGGAUGGGGCAGAACCAGAGACAGCUCCCCCACUGGAAACCUAGAGGGUCUGCCCAGCCAGAUCAAGGUGGGCCGCUGGUCCCGCCACUGUAAGAUGGUGUCCUCCAGUCGGACCCUGUACGAGGGGGUUGCGGUUGGCAAUGUGGAGGCCAUAGGCCUGUUCGAGGCCAGCCCUGGAUACCCGUCUCUGGUGGAGAACUCUGAGAGGAUCCUGAGUAAGGUGCAGAUGCUGGCUCGCAUGUACAGCGCCAAGGCUAGCAGCAUGAAGGUUCCACUUCACCACAAGAGGGCGUGCGUAGGGCGUGCACCGUGGGCCCCCACUCCUGGGAGGAUGGUCCCCGCUCAGACUGAGCAGCUGCCGCAGCAUCCAGAGGAGAUGAGUACAGUAAAGAGGGCUCAUAGCCAUACUGCUGGUCACCAGGAGUUCAUAUCAGUUACUUCAGAACCCCAGGUCGUUGGCCAUAUCCUUGUCAGUGAACAGCUGUCCCCCUCAUACCACCAGCAAGAGAACGGCUGCGUCCUAGCUGGACCCAGGGGUGGUGUCUCCAACCUGGGGUCCAUGUCCACUGCUUCUCCCCGCUCCUCAUCUCCAACAACAACACAGAAAAACAACGAGGUUGGGUGUGAGGAGGGGGUGACAACUGCUGUGCAGGAGAAGCCAAUGGAGAACCAGUUUGACGAAGCUCCCUCAGAUGCUGACAUGCAGAGACAAAACCCCAGCAUGGACUCUCCAGUCCAGGAAGGCCCUGUCCAAGGUGUCGGAAUGUUUUCAGGUGACAAUCAUCCAGCGUCCGUGACUCUCAGCAACAGGACUUGGAUGGAGCAGAAGGGGCAUCAUCUGUACUCCAUCAAGGAAGAUCCGGCUCUCGGAUCUGCAGCUGCUUCCUCGGAAGGCGGAGUGUUUGGAGUGCCAGAUGAGCUAUUGAAAAUAAUUCAACAGCUGUCUCGAGCUGAGCCAGAGACAAGUCAGAUGGUGAAACCAGACAAAGACAGUUUAAACAAUCAGCCGGUGUUGCAUUGUGGGACUGGUGGUGCUGAGGGGGGAGAUUCUCCUCAGAUGUCCCCCGGUAAUGAAAGACAAGCUGGAUCCAGUGAAGAGAAGUCGCCGGAUGGGACUUUGAAUGAUAUGGAUGUUUUAUCACCAAAUAUAUCAGCCCACAUCUCCCCCAGACCUCCACAACAGAUGUCCAUCUCUGCACCUUUUGAAGGGUCAGACCUCUUAGUAAUGCAUCGCACUCAGUCGUGUACGACUGAAUCCACCCAGACAACACACAUAUGUGGUCAGGGAGUUGAGGAGAAUCAAGUUGUAUCUCGGUUGCAGUCCUCUGACUGUCUGCCUAAUUUCACCAGCCAAAGACCACCCCACCUGCACUUGCCCACUACCAUGGGUAGAAGGAGCCUUCCUAUUAAAACAUCAGACACUGCAGUUCUCCCCAGCCAAAGACCACCACCUGCUUCCCUGAGGUCCAAAGAGCCAGGCCCAGAUCCACUCGGAUAUUCCUCAGCGUUGUCCCCCAUCAGACAUCCAUCCUCCGAGCCCUCACUGGAGAAAUUAUUCCCCCUGACUCCAAGCACUGGCCACGCCAUGGAUGCCAAGCCCCCCUAUGCCCUCAGCCCGAGUCUCCGACAUCGUUCCCCCUCCCAUGUCAGAGGACUCCCCGGCUCCUCUUCUAACCCUUCAGCCCUUACCAGGUCCAUGGCUGCCUCCUGCAUCAGCCAGAGUCUGGCCAAGAUGAACGCUCGCAUCCAGGGCCAUGCCACCACUCCCCUGGACAGCCCAGCCCCUUCCCUCAGGAUGAGGUCUCCCUCCCCCAAUCAGCCCUCUGGCCCCAGCGGCCCCCCUCAUAGUUCUAGCCAGGCCCGUGUUUCCCAGCCCAGAGAUAGCAGUCAGCCAACCAACUGCCCCCCUCCCCCGCUGCGCUCCAGCCCGGCUAUGUCCCCACCGCCGUACCACAGCCAGCCCCCCGUCUCCCCAGCCCCCCCGGUCAGCCUGCAUGGCACAACCUCCCCCCCCAGGCCCAGGCCUGUCGCCCUAGACCUGUCGCGUCACAUGGGUUUAAAUGGAAAUAACAACAACAACAACGGCGAUGACGGGGGCUGGGCUGCAACUCACCGGAAGCCGCCCUUAGCGAGCGCCAGUAGUGCCCCCCGUUCACACGAUGAGCCUCUCUGGAGCGGCUCUACUCACACUCACAACAGGGUGGCGAGGCCCUUCUCUGCUUCGGAACCUAGCUCACGAGUCCAGUCCCCGUCUCCAUCACCAUUCAGUAGGAUCUGCUCCCCUCCACCUGUACUGAAUCAACCCAGCCCCCUGACUGACCAGCCCAAGCCUAGAAGCACCAGGGCAAAUGGGCCGAGACCCUUCAACCACCUGGGCCUCUCCCUGGAGUUCCCAAAGGCCUCGUCAGCCUGCUCCUCAGGCAUCACCUCUCCUCGUAUAACCUCCCCUCCGCCCAUCGGGGUUCCUGUCAGUGUGUGGGGAGUCCCUGCUCCUCAGCCGCGUAAUGCCAAAGUGACAUCCCCAUCCCCCUCUGUAGCCUCACCUACGUGGAGAGACGGAUUCUCGCCCGACCCCUCCAUCCAGAGAAGCUUCAACAGCACCCCCCCUCCUCCAUCUAGGUUCUCCCCAUGCUCCCUGACCAUUUCGCAGAGCCUGCGGAGCACCAAGGGGGGCAGCCUGCCUUUCUUCAACCUGGUUGAACGACCACCCAGCCCGGUCAGGAACGGGAUGAGGUCAUGGGGAGAGAGUGGAGGGCACAGUUCCAUAGGUGUAGAGCAGGAGACUGGGAUGAUGAGUCCCAGAGGGGGGACCUUCUCCUACAACGGCUCCCCAUCCUGCCUCAGCCCCGGGGCAUUGUCCCCGGUCAGACUGGCCCCUGGGGAGAGCACCCACGGUGGGCAACACUUCACCAGCAUCGCCUGGCCCGAUGUGCAAGAGCUCCUCACCAAGUACGACAGCACGGAAGUUGCUGAUCAAAGUGCCCCGGCUUCACCUUCAUGGCCUAAGGAUGAGCUCUGGGGGGACCCAGACCUCAGGGAGGACAGUUGCCGGACUCACCUGAUCUGUGCCUACGUGCCACGUGCCUCCCCUGUCACAGGAAUGUCCGUACCCAUACAGUACACUCACAGGAGUAAGCCAGAGGACGCCUCUUCAACACAGCCAGCCAAAGGGACUAUAAAGACUAGCUAUGCCACCACUGUGAACCUGCAGAUAGCUGGCAGUGGACGUAUUACUUCAUUCAGUAAUGCCCAAGUGAGCCUGACUCAGACCCUAGCACCUGUAGGAGACAGCCAGGGCAUACGUAGGGUCAGCAUAAACACCUGCAACCUUCCCCAGAACAGCAAGAGGCUGUGAAGAACUGGGUCUGGCAGACCUCCACUGCAGUGCAUCUGGGGGACCUCCACCAUGGUGCCUUAUGUGGCCAUCUAACUAGGCACUUUAUCCUGAAGUAUUGGUAUCCAAAGGCAUCCUAUAAGAUCUACCGUGGCCUCUAAUUAUUGGGACAGUGAAGCAUUUCUCUUUUAAUUUUAGCUCCAUAAUAAAGUUUGGAUUUAAAAUGAAACAAUUAUUUUCUCAGAUUAUCAGCUAUUAUUUUGGGGGAUUUCUUUGAGGCCCUGAAAAACUCUCGUUGCCAUGGCAGUACAGAGUGCCGUGCUGUAUGAUGGGGCUUGGUCCAAUUAGUCUUGAUGCAUUUGCCGUGGGUAAGAUCUAUUAUCGUGAAUUAAGUCUAUUGUCGUGGAUGAGGUCUAUUGUCGUGGAUUAAGUGUAUUGUUGUGAAUGAGGUGUAAAGCCAUGGAUCUUGAACCACACUUUCCUCUGGCCAUCACACUGGUACAUGUUACAUAUUUAUCCCAUCUGUCCACAACACCUUUUUACAGGCACUGUUAUGCACAGUUCUUGAGGCUAACCAGUGGUUUGCACCUUAAAGUCCAGCCUGUGUAAUUCUGUUGUCGUCUUCUGUGGAUGGUGAUGGCUGACACAUCGAUGUACACCUCCUGGAGUUUUUACUUUUAUUGUCUGCACCAAUGGCAGACGCUGAAAGUAAAUGCAAACCCUAUAAUCAGGACUAGACAGUGCUGUCAAUCAAAUGCCUGCACAAAAUAUGUAUACGGGAACGCACCUGAUUGACCAGAAAGUCUUGUCAAGGCAAUUGGGCCAAUAAUGUUGGCUCCCUGAAAUAAGAGGAGUUAUAAACAGUGAUUCCAUUUGCGUGACUCUUCUUGAAACCAAUAUGCACUCAAAUACCAUAAAAUGAAAGGAUCUGUACUAUAAUCUUAUAGUUAAAAUCCAAACUUAAUAUUGCGUAUAGAACCAAACAAAGAAAAAAAUGCUGCACUAUAUAAGAAGAAUCACAGAGGGCACUGGAACUCCAGGUCAAACGACAUUGGACUUUUUUGGACAGUAGACUGAAUAACUUGCAUCUCCGGGUGACAAUCUGACAAUGCUAGGAAUUCUGCAAUCAACCCUAAAUACUGUGCCAACUUUCAGCCACCGAUGCCACAGAUGCUGAACCCAUAGACUAAUGACUGUUUGCCAGUUUUAUUUGUUCUUAUACAGUCUUUUUGAUCUUAUAUGUUCUUUAAACAGACAUUCUGUGUAUUCUGUUAAACAAAUAAACAAGGUCCCUUAGGUCUGUUUGUGCUUGUGUUUGGCACAAUGAAAACUAUCAGUUAUUUUUUUUUCUUAUUUAUGAAGUAGUUUUAUUUUGUCUGCAUUUCUGGCACUUAAUCUAAUGUCUUUAUUUUGCACAAUGUCCUCGACUGUGUCUGUGUGGUUAAGACUUGUCUGUGAAGUUAGCUUUUAUUUCAGACCAAAAUUGAUAUGUUGAUGUUUGUAUCCUAUGUUGUUAUUGUAGUUUAACCAGUGGUUCAUGUACAAAAAAAAUAUUUGGUUACAUAGGAGCUGAAAAUAAGGGAGAAUAAGUGAGUAAAAUAUUUCAGGGAAAAGACAGUGCAGCGAAAAUGUACGUCAACCAAAAUCUAUUUUAAUUAUCACCCAACACGGUGAAUGGCCAAUGUCCUCUUUUUCCGCCACAGCCUAGCUUCCUUUUUAUAAAUGUAUUUAAAUGUAGAUUUUAAAUCUGUGAGCACCUGUGAUCAUUAGACUCCAGAAACAACCAAUGUGUCAAUGUGACCUCUUCAGUUAUUUGUAGGCCUACUUAAAUAAUAAUAAUAAAAAAUAUGA